UAAUGCAGAAUUCCUUCGCAGAUUCGAAUCGCGAGCGUCAGAACGGGAGGUGAUCCGGGUGGAAAGUUAUCUUCCUUUGAAGCACGCUCGUGCGCCGCUAAAUCACCUACCCCGAAUCCGCCUGAAUAUUUUACGAUACCCGGCUAUUUCCGGCGUGACUUUUAUUUUCUCCGAAGAUUCAUGAAAGUUCCAUGGCAAUCGAUAAGGGGUGUACUCGGGAAAAGUCACGACUUCUGAGAAAAGAUUUUGGGAUUAAGAUCGCCGUAUUAUCGGACGCUAAUUACAAUACGACACGGGAAAGAAUAGCACGGCGGAUAAUUUUAUCAAUCGCGUAUUCAAGUGUCAAGUUCAGCGAAACGAGUUCACGCAAACGCGCGUUAAUUUUCUCGUCGUUGCAUUAUUAUACUCGCUGCCGUACUUCCGGAAUACUGAUUUUCCAAACCUGAUGUCUCCCGUCAGAAUCACGUUGCCCAUUCCACCAGGAAACGCUGGAAAGCUCUCUCGGAGCUUACGCUGGAGCUUCGCGAGGUCGACACAGUUCCUGCUCUUCACUUAUCAGAGUAUUUACGGGAGCUCGAAGGCCGGUCGAUCUGAAAAACGUCUAAUCCAUUUCGACGUCGCGUAAACAUCUGCACAGGUGCACCAGUUCUUGGUGGAGAGAUAUCCAUGGAGAGGAGAGACGUCCAUGUCCCCAUUCGACCCCCCAACAUUCUCGGCGUGCGCGUUCACGAUAAUUUUCGACUCCGCGCCGCCGAUCCCGAUCUUUAUCACGAUUUCUAAAUCUUUUUUUGUUCCGAUAAGCGAGAGAUUAGUGAUAAUGGUGAUGAGAUAGUGACGGACGUGAUAUACCAUGGUCUCGAUGGCGUACCGUCCAUUCGAUCCCGCGCGAUCGGCUUUGAUCCGAAAUGCGACCUGCAUCCCUUAUUCGCUGUCGCUGGUGAACGCUCCCGUCCGUCAUUCACGGCGAAAAAAGUCAAAGGAAAAGAGCGUCGGGGGUGGAUUGCUGAGUGUGUCGAACGUGCCGAUCUUCCUUCCUAUUUCGGUGCCCUCGACGGAGGAGCAACCUGAUUCGCGGAGGAGAUGGAGGCUACCGGGAUGAUUAGUGGUGUUCCUGUGCGCCAGGAAGGCAGGAAGCUGUGGCAGUACCUGGCAUCUAUUUCCGCCUCCAUAAUGGCCAUCGCCGUUGGCACCGCUCUAGCUUGGACGUCUCCGGUGCUACCCCAGCUGUAUGAAGCGAAUUCUUGGCUGGUCAUCAACAAGGAACAAGGAUCCUGGGUGAGCUCGUUGCUGGCUCUGGGAGCGAUGUUCAGCGCUGUUCCAUCCGGGCCGAUGGCCGACAAACUUGGCCGCAAGAAAUCGCUUCUGCUACUGACAGUCCCGUUUCUCCUCUCCUGGGCGAUCAUCGUAGUCGCGUCCAGCCUGUGGCUGAUCAACGUGGCCAGGUUCAUAGUGGGCAUCGGCGUCGGGACGGCCUGCGUCCUCGUGCCGACUUACAUCUCCGAGAUCGCGGAGAUCUCGACCCGAGGUAUGCUCGGCGCUUUGUUCCAGUUGGCCCUCACGAUUGGCAUUCUGCUGGCCUUCAUCCUCGGAUCCGUGAUGAACUACACGGCUUUCACCCUGAUCUGCGCUCUCGUAGUGGUCGGCUUCCUGGCUGCCUUCGUGUGGAUGCCUGAGUCGCCCGUUUGGCUGGUGAACCAGAAGCGGAAGCCAGAAGCCACGUUGGCGAUGACGGUCCUGCGAGGCGGUGCCUACGAUCCGUCCGAGGAACUCGAGGAGAUGCAGCGGGAAGCCGAGCAGGCAGCGUCGAGGAAGUCCAGCGUGUUCGAUCUCAUCCGCACCCCGGCGGCCAGGAAGGCCUUACUAGCUUCGUUGGGUGGCAUGUUGUUCCAGCAAUUGUCAGGCAUAAACGCGGUGAUCUUCUAUACUGUCACUAUCUUCGAAGCAUCCGGAAGCUCGAUACCGGCGAAUAUUGCCUCUAUAAUCGUGGCACUCGUUCAGGUGGUGAUGUCAGCUGUGGCAGCUCUGAUUGUCGAUCGCGCCGGAAGGAAGCCGCUGCUAAUGUUUUCCUCAGGUGUUAUGUCGGUGAGUCUCAUCGCUCUCGGUUUAUACUUCAAUCUCCAGGCGAAAGGAAAUGACGUCAGCCAACUCGGCUGGCUACCGCUCACGUCUUUGACGUUAUUCAUGAUCGCCUUCUCCGUUGGGUUGGGUCCGAUACCGUGGAUGCUGAUGGGCGAACUGUUUCCCGCGGAAACCAAGGCGGUGGCUUCCGGUGUCGCCGUGAUGCUGAAUUGGUUCCUGGUGUUUCUGGUGACGAAGACCUUCCCAACGAUGAACGAGGAGUUGGGCGCGGACACCACCUUUUGGAUCUUCGCCGCGAUCAUGGCGAUCGCUACCGUGUUCACGUACUUCUUCGUACCGGAAACCAAGGGAAAAUCUUUGCAGGAGAUCCAGGAGGAGCUGCAGAAUGGCGUUCAGUCGAAUCGAAUUAAGGCAAUGGCUUGAAUCUUCGCGCAUCGCGAUCGUUGUUACGAAGAAACGAGAGUCGGUGCAAGAAAUACUUUUAUUGUUACUUGCGAAACUGCAGGUGCACAAUCGUUGAUGCAACGAAUUAUGGGAUGAGAGUUUUAUGAAGAUUUUUUGCGUUUGCGCUGCGGAUAGUGCAUCAAGCAAUAAGUAGCAAAGUCGUUAAGAAGAAUAAAUUUCAUGAUUUAUCGCCUCUUUCGAUAACUCGUGCAUAAACUAUCCAUUUGCGAUGGGAUACAGCGUUGUGUCUGAGCUCAAUGUAGUUUAUGCAGUUUCAUCAACGCACGCGCAAAAUUGUUAUUAUCGCACAUUCAUUCGUAAUUUAUUCACACGUAAUCGUACGCUAUUUACAUUUGCGAUUAAGUAAUUUAUCAGUAAUCAUUGUUUAAAUGUUCGUUUAAUGAUCUUGACCCCGCUGCAGUUAUAGAUGUAUACUCUAGUGAUGUAAUUAAUGUCAAAUGUGCAUACGCAAGCAUGAUUAAACAUCCUUAUUGCGUUCUAAUUAACGUGGGAAAAGUAAGCAGUUAGUUUAAUAAUCUUUUGUACUGUAAUUAAAGUAUUGUGGAUGUAAUCAAUAGCGUAAUUAGGAAAUAAUUAAUUAAUGCGACACUAAUGGAUUAGAAUGUAAAUUUAAUGAAAUAAAUAAUCUUUUUACACUACAA